CGGGUUUAUCUUAAAUGUAAUUGAAUUCAAAGUUGUUUUAAUAAAGAGCAUGUGCACCAUGUUUUGAAUAUUUAGGUAUUUCAUACUAAGCUAUGGAGAGAAUAACGGAAGUCGCUAAAACAAAGAUACUCCGACCAGACGAGGCAGAGGGGGAUAUUGAGAUUCAGAUUAUAUAACUCAAGUCGUUGCAAUAACUGGGUUAUUGGGUUGGUAUGACAGCCUGGAUCGUAUUUAACAUUUACAGAUACACAGUAGGAGAUAAAUAUAAAUACUUUAUAAUGGCUGCAAUUGAAAUAGGAAACAGUCGUUGUUGCUAUUCGUUUGGAUUUUGUGGACUAAGAAGGGGCCCUAAUAAUGUCUAUACAAACAAUGGAUGGAGAGAAUCAGAUAAAAGACAUUCAGGAAAGAUCCGUUUAGCGGUAUUAUUUGAUGAGAAGAAAGUGUUUCAUAGUUUCGGUUUCCAUGCCGAAGACAAAUACGCAGAAUUAUCUGUAAAUAAUGAACAUUCCAACUGGCACUUCUUUAGAGAAUUUAAGACAGUUUGGCAUGGGAAAAGAAUACAUUCAGACAUUGAAAUAAAUGACACCAGAGGAAAGGCAAUGAAAGCUGUAGACGUAUUUGGUGCAAUCAUUGGCUAUCUGAAAAAAGAUUUGUUCCGGCAUGUGUUUUAUUCAUCAAGUCAAAUUACUGAAGAAGAUCUGACUUGGAUUUUAUCAGUUCCGGAUUCAUUGCCUUUCGAUGCCCAUCUAAUAAUUAAAGAGGCUGCGUAUAAAGCAGGCAUAUACGAAGACCAACUUUCAGAGACGACUGAAUCAGUGGCUGCACUAUCAUUCUGCCUGAGAAUGCCUAAAUCAGAGAUGCUUGAAACAUGCGGCGCCGAAACUAAUAAUCAAGAAAGCACAUUCGUGGCCAUCAACGCAGGACAUGAUCACACUCACAUAUCUGUGUACAAGCAAAAUCAAGAUAACGGACUGAUGGAGCUUCACAACUCAAGCGAAGGGCCUUGGGGUGGAGCCUGUGUUGAGGAAGAGUUGUAUUUAAUGCUCACUACAAUUAUUGGAAGCUCAAUACACCAGAUAUUAUUAGACUGCGAUAAAUUUGAUGUUUUGGACUUUCAGCGUACCCUUACAAAGAACUGGAUGGGCACAACUUUCAACGAAGAGAACGUAACAAUUGAAGUUCCAGUCAGUAUUUUUAAAAAAUGUAAUGACUUUAUGAAGCAAAACAUCCAAGAAGCGACAAAAUGUUCCCCUUACAGCAAGAAGGUAUAUUGGAUUCACAAUAGACUUAGAAUACAUCGAGGAUUUUUCAAAAACUUCUUUACACCUUGCACCUAUAAAAUAGCAGCUCACGUUCAGAAGAUUAUUUCAAACCCAGGUAUUGUGGAAAGAAGUACUGUAAUUUUAUUGGUUGGAGAAUUACCUGAAUCCCCCAUUUUUCAAGACAUCAUUAAGAAAGCGUUGCCAAACGCUAAAUUCCUUAUUCCACUUGGUCCAAGUAAAGCAGUUUGUAGAGGAGCUGUGUUAUUUGGUUAUAAACCAAUACCUGUCGCUUCGUAUUUUUCUAAGAACGCUCGUGCCACUGCAGACGAAUCGAUUACGGAAGCACUUGCAAAUACCUUUCAUUGUGGCAUUUCUCCUCUCUUAUUCCACUGAUUUUUAGCAUACACUUUCUCUUCAUUGCGAACCAAGAAAUGAUAAAGCGAUCUGAUAUUUCGUCAACACACGUGUGUUUGUAUAAUUUUGUACAUACGGGUUUAUUUCAAACGCUUAGUCACCAUCUUCUACAGUCUUAACGAAAACAGAUUAAAAGAUAUUAUAUUGGCGUUCUUUGAUUACAACAACAAUAGAAUAAUAGAGGUGCAAUGCCGGACCUGAUGUAAUGAUCCGAUGUAAUGCUGUUUAAGUUCAGAUGAUAUGGAUAUUUUCCAACUGUAAUUGUGGAGGAAGACCCUAGAUGCCUGAUUCUCUGGUCAUCUUAAGGCAUAUGAGGGAGCCAAGGACCUUCCGCUAUCAAGCUGUCUUCUUCAGAAAACGAUCCAUUCAGGUCUAAAACACACGUUAGGGACACAGAGACCCCAAUGUUUAUAGCAGAGCUUCGCGGCACCGACAGCGUCGCACCAAGGUUAGACAUGUGAAAAAAGAAAACAGAUUACUCUUAUCCGAUCGUAAGGUGCCGUGUACAAAAUGCGUGGCAUUUGAUGGAAUCGGUGUUGUUCGGGUUUCUUUCAAAAUAUUACUCAUAGUACUUAACGGUGUCAACAGACGCUUUCAGUUUACAGAUGAUUCUAACGUCCCGCUUAUUGCUUUGAAUGUCGAAUAUCAAUUAAAAUCAGUGUUCCAUAAACAAGAAAAGCGACGUUGAUUUCUUUUGUAGAAAAACAUUCCAGUAAUUACAGGAAUUUCGGUGUGGAAAAACAUCGGCUCAGUAGAGCUACCAUGUCAGCCAAAACUAUAAAAAUGUUUUAAAAUACCAACAUGAGUGGUAUUGAAAUCACUCUACUUUGAAGGAAUGCAAUAAUGUUUCACCAAACGGCCGCGAAGGAGAGUAUUAAAGACACGAGGAUGGAAUUACUGAAACAGAUUUAUGUUUUUUUAUAUUAUAAAGAAUAACGACAAUUAUAAGUUGUUUAAAAAGUCUCCCAUAUAUUGGCAACUUUGUUUAUUAUAAUUUGCGGAUCAUCCAAUUAGCAUGGUAAAUUGUCACAAUCAAAUAUAACGAGACCUUAAAUUUUCAAUAAUUCAUUGCAUUCAGUCAUAUGGCAAGUUCAAAUGGUCGCUAAAACUCACGUGCACAGACGAAACAGAAAGCACCAGUCAAUAUCCGCUAGAUAUGCAAAAAAAAGUGUUAACAUUAAAACUUUAACAAAUUUAAUGACCCGUAAUAAGAAUGAGUUAGAUGGGAUGAGUGUACUUCUGAGUGUACUGUCCCCACCCAAAUUAUCUAUCAUGGAUGAAACAAUGAUGCGCACUUGACUUGCAUUUAUUUUGAAUCAUUUCUAACGAUUACGUGCAAACACCCUUUUUUUUAGCAAAAUCAAAUCAAAAAAAAAUAUUUUAUUUAGUGGGGAAAUGUUUAUUCAAUGUCAGACGUGCAGAUAAAUUCUGUAGAUUUUGCACGAAAUUAGUUUUAUUUUUUCAUGGCUUUUAUUCAUCAAUAGGUUAAAAACAAACGUCGCCAAAUAUGAACCAACCCCCCAAAUGAUGCUUGUAUGACCGCCGUCAUUUUUGAAUGGAUGUCACGUCAUUUUACAACGUAUCUUGACUUUUUUAAAAAUUUAUUUUAUUUUCAAAAGAAAGAAAACAUGUCUAUAGACUGAAAAUCUUCUAAUAUUAACGAAGCUAUUUAUAACAAGUUUACUUGGAGUACAAAUAAAUUACAGUAGGUCCAAACUUAGGCGAGACAGACUUUAGUACAUUAUUUUGUAGUUUGUCAAGAAAAUAUCUCAAAACGAUUCAUGCUAUACAGUCAUUAUCUCACAUUCUGAUUUAUAUGUUUGAAAAUGUUGAAUAUGAUAAUUAAGCGCUUUGUCACUGUACAUUACCUUUCCUUAAAGGUGCUCAACAUGGCAGUAUUUAAGCUUUAUCCAACACUUAUCAGAUCAAACGAAAUUACCGUACAUGGUAUUUGCCUUCAGGCGAAAUGUAAAAUGAUAUAGUAAAAGCCUGCAAAUGAAUAGUUUCAUAUUUUAUAUAAUAUACACUUAAUAUUUUGUUUGCGUACAUUUUCUGCGAAAUUAAUAUGUUGAAUGUCUUGAAAAAGAGGUCUGUAUUAGGGUGUUGAAUUCUUUCAUUUUAGGAAGCUACGAAUGGCGGGUGGUUCUACGCGUUUGCCCACCCGUGCCUAAACUAUUCCUCGCCAAGGAGCAAACAGUGCCUUUAGCUGCCUAUAAAGCUGAAAAAUUGCGAUACAUUUGUAUGACAUAACAUAAUGUCGAUGUGACAUAAACCUAACGAAAUUAAUAAACCAAUAAAUUAAAGCAUUAUCGUAAAAUACUAAAUCAAUUAUGAGUUUAUAGGUUGGGUCAUAAUGCACAUGUACCUGAUAUAUUGACUGUUGUUUAGUUAUUUCAUAUUUGUUUAUAAUCAUGGCAUCUGUCUCGAGCAGCAGAACUUUGAAGAUCGAAAUCUGUUAUAAUUCGUGAUUUUGUGCUAGAGAAUUCUCUUAAAAAAUACGGUAUUUAUAGGUGUCGAAAACAGUAGUUGGACUUAAGUAUUAACCAAAUUAAUAAGCACACAUGCAUAUACUUUCAUAUUAAAGAAGAUUCAUGUAUAAUAGAAGUUGUCAGUUCUUAAAACCAAUAGUUGGACUUAACAUACCGUGGAAUAUAUUGAAAUACUGAUGUAAAUCGGUGUAAAAUUCAAUAAAUCAAAAAAAAAGGAAGAUAAUAACAUUUAGAUUUAGGAGGCAACAUUUAAAUACUUUAUCUCCAUAAAAUGAGACUCAGUGUUAAAUAACUCUGAAAAGAUUGUUAUGUUUAACUUUGAAGAGUUGUCUUCCUGUUUCUCACAAUUAGAAGUGCAUCCCAUCCUUAUCGUGUAGGGUAGCAGAGUUAGUUUAGAUAUUAAAAUAAUACUUGAUCUGAUAAUAUUUUGGCAAAGCUUAACUUCGGCCAUGUUGGUCACCUUAAAGCAAUUGACCAAAUGGCUAGUUUUCACAUCAUAAACCAAUGUAUAGCAAUUAGAGAAAAAGCAAAUACAUUCUUUGUCGGAAAUGUAAUCGUUAUAAAUCACAAAGUUUGAUAAUAUUGACACAUUUUCAGUUUUAUUGGUGUAAUUGAUAAUCGAUAUUAUACAAUUUUAUGAAUUCUGUUUCUGAGUCACUCCCGGAAAAUAUCAAAACACUGGCUUUUGCGAUACUUCAAAUCAACAAUUAACGGUACCAGAACAAUACUAUGUCAAAUAAGAAAAUUGUUCAAACUUUUGUUUCCUCACUCCACCUUUGAUACACAUGACUGUCUUCCUUCCUUUAUCCAAUGUAUUGAAUUAACCCCAAAGCCUGCUGACGGCAAGUGAUUCUGCCUUUGCGGCCAGUGUAGACCACGAUCAGCCUGCACAUUCGUGCAGUCUGAUCAUGGUCUCCACUGUCCGUCAUUCAGUCAGUAUCUUUUUGGUAAGCACCCCAUUUAACAAUUAAUGGUACUGUCCAAAUUGAAAGAUGGACAAGUUCAUUAUAGAAAUUUAGCAGGGUAUGUGUUAAUUGACAGGAUAAUAUUAGUUACACUGCUUGUUGGUGACAGGAUACGGG